UAUAUUUUUUUUAAAUAUUUUUAAGCUGUGGAUGUUUGAAUUCGUGGAUAAAAGAUCUGUCGAUACGGAGGGCCAAGUGUAAUAGUUGACUCAUAAUUAAUAUUUAUUCAAGCAAGCUUUGGGGAAUGCAAGGUUUUUAAAGUAAGGGCUGUUAUGAGGAUGCUGUACUGUUUUUUACCAUUUUCCCUGUUCUUAUGAAAAACUACAUUUAAUAAUUUUUAACUGUAUGUUUUAAAUUGCUUUAAAAUGUUGUUGGUAAUUUACUUCCAUUUUAAUGUUGUUGGAUUUUUUUUUGUAUAUUUUAAUUGUAUUGUAUUUUAAUAUGUAACCUGCCUUGAGUCCCAGUUCUGGGGAAAAGCUGGGGGAUACAUAAAGUUUAACAGCAGGAGCUGCAGCAACAACAACAACAACAACAAAAGCUUUACAGGUGUACCACAGUUGUACUGGGACACUCCCCAUAAGAUGAAAAUGAGAGCAGGAACUUGGGGUUUACCACAGAUUGUGACCCACCCAAGCAAGAGAUUAAAGGACCUGCUGCAGACUUACUUCUAUGGCAGAAUUGCUGCGGGGCAACUGGACGCAAUACACAUUUAAUAAGUUCUUCACCAAAGCAGUGUGUAAAGGACCAGCCCAGUAAAAGACCAGUCACAAAAUCAGUGGAGAAAUUACAAGUGGCUCACCACAUUUUCACAAAUAAAGAAAUUGCUGUGAGUUAAUCACAGCUGACAAAAGAAUUGAGAUCAAAAGAUGCUGGCUAUCAUGAUGGUUCAGAGCACCUGGCCUCCAACAAAUGCUUUUGUCUCAGAAGACAAUGCCUUUAACCAGUCGGAUCUCUUCUGCGACAAGUAUCAUGUCAAGCUGCUUGCACAAACUUUCCUGCCAACAUUUUUCUGGUGUGUGUUCUUUGUGGGAACUAUAGGUAAUGCCUUUGUCAUCCUUGUCUACUGGAGAUACAAGGGCAAGAAGAACCUAACUGACAGAUACUUGAUCCAUUUAGCAAUUGCUGACCUUCUCUUCCUCUUCACUCUUCCUUUCUGGGCAAUAGCGGCUCAGAAGGGAUGGUCUUUUAACACGUUAAUGUGUAAAAUUGUAAACAGCAUGUAUAAGAUCAACUUGUACAGCUGCAUGUUAUUCCUAAUGUUCAUCAGUUUUGACAGGUACACUGUGGUAGUUCGGCCAAUGAGAGCACAGUAUUCAAAACAAAAAAGGCUUAUGUACCACAAAUUUAUUUGUUUUGGAGUGUGGCUCAUGGCAGUUCUUCUGUGCAUCCCAGAAAUAAUCUACAGUCAAACUGAACUGUCUAGUAAUAUCACUGUUUGCAGAAUGAUUUAUCCUCCCAGUGUUAACAGAAGUAUCAAAGUCACUGACCUGUCUUUGAAAAUUGUGAUAGGAUUUCUCCUUCCGUUUCUUGUGAUAGUUGUCUGCUACACAUGUGUAGCCCAUACUAUUAUUAGAGCCAAAAGAACUCCCAAGCAUAAACCGUUCAAGAUUAUUACUAUCAUUAUUUUAGUUUUUCUUUUCUCUCAGGUCCCUUACAAUAGCGUUUUGCUGGUGAAAACCAUGGUUCUGUAUGCUCCAGCCAUAAAGGACUGCAAAAUGUUGGAUCACCUUGAUCUUGGAUUCCAGUUAACCCAGUCCAUAGCUUUUCUUCACAGCUGCCUGAACCCUUUUCUCUAUGUUUUUGCUGGGCAGAAAUUCCGCAAAACCCUUUUCCAAAUGCUGAAAAGUGUUACUCAAGGCCAUGUUAAGAUGCCUGAGCAAUGCACAGAUAGCCAAGGAUACGGCUCUCAAUGGUCUAGCAGUGCAUUGUUUGGGGAAUCAAAAAUUAAAAACUCUUUUACUAUGACCCCUUCUUAAAAAUCUCAAUUUUUAUCCUAUGCAGGUCAAUCUACUGGAAACCCCUUUCCCUGUGGACACUUUGAUUUUGGAGGCCUUUUCUUUGUGUCAUUUUAAGAUUUUUGUUAAAAAGAUUUUCCCCCUCUUAUAUCUCCUCCUUACAUGUUGCUAUUAAAAAUCAUUCCUAUUUUUAAAUGAAUUAUUGGGCUUGUUAAGUUCAGAAUCCUCUGUCUAUCUACUCUGAAAUAAGUCCCAUAUAGCUUAGUAGUAGUUACUCUCAGGUCAGUGUGUUAAAACUGAAGCUUAAUUCCUUUCUCCUUUCUCAUUCUCUCCACAAUUUCAACAAAAUAUUUCAAUCUCACCUCCUUUUGCUCUUUAAAUAUGUGUGACCCUUUGUGUAGAGGUGCAUGUGUGUGUGUGGUGCCUACAACACAUUCAAUGCUUCAUAUAUAUAGGUGAUGAUGAUGAACCUAGGAGCAUGGCUGCCCUAGCCUGUUUUAGCAAAUCCAACAAAGACUAUAAAGUUUUAUUUGGUAAAUGGUUUCACAGAUGUCACCCAACGUAAUCUAGCUUUAGUGGGGUACAGUCCAUGACAACUUACAAUAAAGAGAAUUUGCUAGCCUUUUAACUGCUACAAGGGUGUUUGUUGGACCAUGAUAAAAUCUAUAACUCUCUAGCUCUGUAAUACAUGUCUGUUCAUGAGUAAGUCUCACUGAAUUCAAUGGGGUUUAGCUGACGGUGAGGAUUUCUCCUUCCGUUUCUCUGAAAUCUAAAAGUUGAGUUUUGACACUUUCCAGAGAAGCCAGUGGCUUUCCUGACAUUUUAACAGUCAGCUGUUCCAGAUAAAGCUGUUGAAUUGAAUCCAUGCCAGUGAACAAAAAAAGUAACCGGUAUGUUUUGGCAUUUUUUCUGGGUGUUCCUUUGAGAGUUUAUUAAUUAGCUGUGAAGAGCCUAAUAUACUGUAUAUAUAUUAAAUAAAGGAGCAACAUUUGAACCACACAUUUUUGGUUGGAAGAAAUGAAGCUGUUGUGAGUAACACACACACAUGUACACAUAAACACACAUACACACACAAACCCUAAAUGAAAAAGUUAGGAUGAUCUGCAGAAAAAAUGAGGCUAAAAUAUUACAUACUGUAUUUGCAAAUGCUCUUAAAUCUGCUUAGGUUCUGCUCAGAUGGCAGUGAAGUUGGUUAUUGUUGCUGUGCACUUUCAAGUAAUUUCUGACUUAUGCUUAUUUUAACCAAUUCUAUUUUAUAUUAUUAUCUUUUGUUUUAUACGUAUUUUGUAGAUUGUACACCA